AAUCCGUCGCGAUGCUGUCGUUACUCCCCAUAUUACUGGGACUCUCCGUUCUCGGUGCGCUGCCCCGGGAUGUAACCGGAAGAUGUGUGCUGAAAACAGAAAGUCCUUCGCCCAUGGUUGUUACAAGUUUCGGUUCAAAACAUUUAGCCAACGGCAAACCGAGUGUAUAUGAACGAGAAUAUGGCGAAUAUAUUGAGAUGUAUUGCGGAGGCGGAUUCAAUUACCAUAGAUCUUAUGGUGGCAUAAUCAGCACAUCUAAUACAAAAAUUAGGCUACAGUGUCAAUCAAAUGAUCAGUUUUAUUCUAUAACUAAUGAUGAUCAUAUAGCCAAUAUCCACUGUAUGACAAGUACUAAUCGAAUGUUUGAGAGUGCGAUCAAGUUACCCAAUUGCGACAGUGAUAUGACCCUCGUCGUGGGCCACGAUUUCGGUGACAUCGGAUCCCUAAAGAAUGCCGCCAUUUGCUAUGACAUUCUUGGAGCUAAGCUGAAAUAUUUUAGUUACACGACAUUCCCCUCGAAGAAUCGAAUUGUCGAGAAGACCCAAGUUGGCCAGUUAAAUAGUCUAACAUUGGAUACAAAUGUGACUAACUUCAAAAAUCUGAUAAGGAGCAUCGACCAAAGUGAAAUAGACAACUUCAUAUCGACGGAAAAGCAAUUGGCAUCGCUUUUUGUCAGCAACGCCUUCCAGUAUGCCAGCCUGGCUCCGGAUGAUCAGCAACUGGACGAUUUCGAGGGCUUUCUGGGCACCGUCUGGCUCCGUGUAUUGCGCUCCGGCAACUGGGCUCACUGGCUAUGGGCUCUGCGCGCGGCCACCGAUGCUGGCGGUCACUUCGACGUCCGGAUGGGUGUCUCCGGAACGCUGCAGAUACCUGCAAACACUCUGGGUCCUUGCAACGUCAGUCGCCCUGUGAUUAUCGAACUGAGGGAUGGCACCUCCCUGCCAGUGCCCGCCUACAUCUGGGCGCAUGUGCGCGCCGUGGAGGUCACUGGAGGAGCCGGAGACGAGUUUGUACUCAUCGGCCACAAUUCACCAUUCUUCCGCAGCGACAACUCCCUGUGCUCCUCGAUGUGCAAGCAGGUGCCGUGGCUUAGGAGCAGCCUUUUCGCCGGCCUCCAUGAGUUUCCCGCCUACGGCCUGGUUCAGUGCUGCCGUGUGAAGGAUGUGGCCCAGAAGCUGGACAAUUUCCCCGGGCAUAUAUCAACACGGUUCUCACGACCACGACCACGACCGCUGCUCCGGUUUAUGAAGACACAACGGAAAUUGACGAUUAUAAUAUUCCACCUCAAUAUGAAUAUUGAAGACAAUAUAAAGCCAUUGUUGUUAGCUCAUUUUUUUGAAAUUAAUCCUUUAUUUUCUGCAUUAGUUAUUAGCUUUCUAUGUUUUGAUUAUAGAAGAAACUGUCAUAUAAAAAUAAAGAUAAUUAUCGGCUCAAAGAAUGAU